GCAGGAGCUGGCCACUGACCAAAGGUUUUGUCUUGCCUAAUUCAGGCUUGUUGUCAUUUGCACUUUGUGUCAGCUGGCUUGUAGAACAGCAAGUAAAUUUGAUUCAAUGCGGCGUGAUCCCUGUAACACAGAGGAAUUCCAGCUCAUACAAAAGAAACUGGAAAAUGGACAAAGAAUUGGGCCUGACUCUGUUCCUGGUGCUCCUUCUCUGUCACAAAGGCCAUACAGAGUCAGAAACCUCUUGUCCAUACAGAUGCCAGUGUUUCACUCUGGUCCAAGUACUGUGUGCAGAUGAACGGAUGACAUCUUUGCCCAGAAACAUGUCCAAGCAGGUCAAGGACUUUAUUGUGAUGACAUCAGCCGUGGCGUACCUGUUCCCUCACACUUUAGAGGAGAGCCCCCAACUUACCAAGCUUGUCUUUCUAAAUAAUGCACUGCGAAGUAUUCACUCUCAUGCUUUCAAGCAUCUGACUGGGCUGCAGGAGCUGGAGAUUAGUGGAAACCCCUGGCUUGACAAUUUAACUCUGGGGACUUUUUCAAUGCAAACAAACUUGACUAAACUGUUGCUCAACUUCAACAGGUUAAAGACAGUGCUUCCCGGCAUGUUUGGCUCCCUGAAACAACUAGAAACUCUGCAGAUGAAGGGAAACACAAUAUCAGAUCUGCCGUCAUUUCUUUUCCUGAACCUCCACAAUCUACAAGUCCUGGACUUGUCCCUGAAUAUGCUUGAAGAAGUGAAAAGAGAGACAUUUUCUGGUCUGGCUAGGCUGGAGAUCCUGAAACUUAACAGCAACUUCAUUAGCAAUCUAACAUCUGACACAUUCCACAAUAUUUCUCAGCUGAUAGAGCUUCACUUGGAAGGGAAUAAGAUAUCAGAGCUCACUGAUGGUAUCUUCUCUGUGUUAACCAAGUUAAAGGUGCUCAACCUCCGCGGAAACCUUCUUACAACCUUCGGUGAUAAAGUGUUUGGAUUCAACGCCUCAAAUUUGAAGGAGCUGAACCUUAAAGGCAACAGACUGACUGAGCUGUCCUCUCUUAGCCAUUUGACAUGUCUUUCUGACCUUAUCUUGUCUUCUAACCAGCUCUCCAACCUUCCUGUAGACAUUUUUAGAAAUGUUACACUGCUGGAGAAUCUGGAUCUUUCUGAAAACCAGCUCACAUUUCUGCCUGAAAGAAUCUUCAAUAAUCUAUGUGGUAUCAGAACGAUCCACCUCCAUAAGAACAAUCUGAGCAAGGUGGAACCCAAACUGUUUGAGGACCAGUUGCUCAUUCAGCAGCUCUACUUGUCUGACAACCAGCUGGAAACUCUCCCACUAGGUCUAUUAGACCCUUUUCUCAUCCAGCACACAGUGAGGCUGCACGGAAACCCCUGGAAAUGUGACUGCCACAUGUGGUACCUACAUGACUGGGUGCUAAGAAACAGCCAAGACAUAGAGAUGCUGGACAGGAUGCUUUGCCAGAGCCCCGGCUUUUUGAGAAGACGAACAGUCGUCUCCAUCAACAGGGACCAGCUGGUGUGUCCGGUGUCUAAAGAUGAGAUGACUGAUCUCAGCAGCUGUAGCCUACAAGCCUCCAGUGACACCAUGAUCAUCAAGUGUAAAGUGGAUAAAUGUUCUCCACUGACAGUGAAGGUGCAGUUUCAGGAGAAUGACAGCAAUAUUAAGGAGCAUAUUUUGAAAAAUGAGCCUGAACAUUCUCAAUGUAGCAAUGAGACAAUAAUCAAGAGUCCCAUUCUGUAAUUUUCCCUGAUAAUUAGAUUUUGUUCUGUGUGCAAAUACGUCCUCGUGUAUUUGUUGAGUCUCACUAUAUGUUCUGACUGUCAAAGUCAAUACUGUAAACAAACCUCUAACUAAGGAGCUGAUAACCAUUAUACAUGAAUGCUGCUGAAUGAUAAGAGGGGUCGACGAACCCUUUCCUGGUAAGGAUCAAAGUACAACUAAGUACUUUUAAAGAUACUUUCCCCGCUACGCAUCCGCUAACGUGUUUUGACUGUGGUGCGUUUGAUCUCCAUGUCUCCAGUAGCCUCUGGUUCCCCUCUUUAUGUACAGUGGGCUCCAAAAGUCUGAGACCCCGUUCUUAUUCACUUGAAUGCAAAAGUGGUCUCAGACUUUUUAACCCAACUGUACACUCAAAAAAAAAUUUUAGCCUAAUACUUAAGAUUCAUGUAUUUUAAUUGCAUUAAAGAUUUCCAUCCACUUUGAUUAGACGGUUUUAACAUAAACAUACUAAUUAACCUGAUGUGAUGCAUAUUUCUCCGUCAAACAUAAAUGAAACAAGUAAGAAUAAGAUUUACGUAAUAGUGCUGAUAAAUCCAAUGGCAAUUAAAAUACAGAAAUCAGAGAGUCAUACACUGGCAGCAUUUGAGCGUCUUCAGUCUUCUUGAUAACCAGCAGGCUGAAGACACAAGUUGAGGAUUUUGUCAUAUCAGAAAUACAAGUAGAGAAUACCUGAAUAUGAAUGUUUCAAUAUAUCCAUUUACAGGCUAUGUAUUUUGCAGUUUGAAAAAACUGGAACAACUGUUCAUGUAAGACGAUAAUAAAAUACAAUAUUUUCCCCAUCAAGACAUUAAGAUUGACGAUGCUUUAAAAAGGCAGGUUUUUUUUGUACGUAAAAUGAUGGUCUGCAAAAUAACCUGUUAAUACAGUUGUCAUACAAAUGUAGUGCAAUAAAAGGUACAAAAUCUCCCUAUGAGACCCAGUGAAGUAAAAGUACAAAGCAGCAUAAAUUGUACUGAAUUACAGUUCUUGAGUA